AUGUUAAAGGAAGAAACAAAUUUUAAAGAAGCAAAAGUGUAUCAUGAUGUGUUCAAAGACAUGUUAGAUGAAUUCAACGAAGUGUUCAUUGAAUUUGAACUGUUACAUCGAAAACGAGAAAAUGAUGUUGAAACUCAGAAGUUUACUUUGUUCAAGAAACUUGCAGUUAUUACAACAUUUGAGUUAGCAGUAAAGAUAGAAACUCUGAAGAAAGAGCAAGAGAGACGUUUAGAAGUCAAAUCAUCAGUGAACAUUCAGCCAGAAUCUCAAAAUAUAUUAAACAACUAUCAAUUUUCAGGAGACAAUUACAAAUCUGCCUGGGAAGCGUUAUGUCGAAGAUUUGACGAUCGAAGAGUUUUGUUGAUGCAAUACACAAAUUCUCUUAUGACAAUUAGUGGUCCUAUUAAUGGUUCCUUAUCAGAAGCAAGGAGAGCCCUAGAUACUUACAUCAGUCAUCGUGCAGCAUUCAAUUUGAUGAAAGUUACAACAGAAGAAUUAUUGGACAUGAUUUUUGAACAAUUUGUCAGGAAUCGUUUUGAUAAAAAUCUCAUGAGAGAAUGGGAUAUCCAUAUUGACAGUAGUGAUGAAAAGCCUGCUUUCUGUAAAUUCAUGGAUUAACGUAUAAAAUCAUUGGCAUUCACUUAUCGAGAAGGGAAUUCUUUUGGAUUGUUCAAAUCGUUAUCUGAUGAAAGUAUCACAUCACAGUCAAGUAAGACAUCACUCGUAGUAAACAAUAAUGUGCAAAUUGAAAAAUGCAAAUUGUGCUCUAGUAGUCAUCGAGUCUAUCAGUGCGAAAUAUUCAGAAAAGAAAAUCAAGAAGAAAGACUCAAAAUAGCUUCAAAAUACAAAUUGUGUAUGAACUGUCUUAGACCUGGACACAGCAAGCAAGAUUGCAAUAGUAAUUCAAGGUGUAAAGUUUGUGAAGAGAAUCAUCAUACAAGCUUGCAUAGCAACAACUCAAAUUCUUUAUUAAAUUCGCAAGAAGCAACUCAAACAUGAAUUUUUGUCGAGAGGGCAGAACUCUCUCAUAGUAUUGAGAGUAUGAAUUAAGAAAUCAAGUUUUAUCAUGCUCAAGUCGUCUUAACAAGCUUGGAUCAACAUUCAAGUUAAUUUUAUCUCAUCUCAUCUCUAGCAAUACUUGGACGACCAUUCAAGUUUUGCAAUCAAACUCAUCUCUUCCGAAUCAUAUCUGGCAGAACAGAAUUAUUCUGCAGAUUCUCAAUAGGCACUAAUAGAACAGAAUUAUUCUUUUAGUAAGAUCUAGCAAAACAGAACUAUUUUGUUAUGAUCACAAUUACAUUAUAAUUUGUCAGAGCAUCCUGCAAGAUCUAGCAAAACAGAAUCAUUUUGUUAGCAUCUUCAAUAUUGAAGUACUGAUAGAACAGAAUCAUUCUAUUAGUAUAUCUCAAGAUCAGGACAGAAUCAUUCUGGUAGCUUCUACGUCAUUGGCUUCAGAUUAUUAACAUCUAGCUCCAUCUAAUAGAACAGAAUUAUUCUAUUAGACACUCAAACUAAAUGCAAUAGAACAGAAUUAUUCUAUUUGCAUUUUACUUCAAGUGCUAACAGGACAGAACUAUUCUGUUAGGGACUACACUCCAACGAAUUGUCUUUCAAGAUAUUUGUUAUCAAAACUAUCAACGAAUCAUCAUCAAGAUGUGAAGUCUUUGUUAUUCAUCAUAAGUCGAGGUGGCAGUUUGUUGCAUGGUGAAUCAACAUUUUAUUAUUAAGAAAGAAAUGAUCGCAGAUAUUUUUGAAAAUAUUUUAUUAGUUUGAUUUUAGUUGCAAUUGUACCACUGUUCGAAAUAGUCAUUGAAAUACAGUCCACUCAUUCAAAUACCUUAAAACAUCAUUUUUUAAGGUAUUAAAUUUAAAAACAGAUUUCAAAUUGAUUGGGGCAUUGCUGAGAAAAUCGCAAAAUAUGCUUUCUGUAAGCAUGCAAACAAGCAAGUUAAUCAUCAACAUUUGAUCCGUGAUGCUCUAUAGAAGAGCUGUAUUGUUUUUAGGCAAGGUAGGAACAGCCGUUGCUUCAGAAAAAACAAAAAACUUUCCUUUCUUACGAAUUUUUCAAAUUAAAAGUUCAUUGUGAUUUUUUUUUUUAUAAUUAAACUUUGGAUGAAAAUAAUUUUUUUGAGCAAAGAACCAAGUAAGAAAUACAUUUUCAAUUUUGGACUAGGGGCGACCCUAGUCAAAAUCAAUUUUGUCACUUUUUUCUUCAGGGGUUUAUACAAAUGGAUUUAAACUUUGUAUAAAUAUUCUAAUGAUUAAAACAAAUACAAAUAAAACAUCUUAAAAUUUUUUUGACCAAAGAACCAAGAAGGAAAUACAUUUUCAAUUUUGGACUAGGGGCGACCCUAGUCAAAAUCAAUUUUGUCACUUUUUUCUUCGAGGGUUUAUCCAAAUGGAUUUAAACUUUGCAUAAAUUUUCUAGUGCUUAAAACAAAUACAAAUAAAACAUCUUAAAAUUUUUCUGAGCAAAGAACCAAGUAGGAAAUACAUUUU